AUGAGAGAAGUAAUAAGUAUACAUGUAGGACAGGCUGGUAUCCAAGUUGGAAACGCAUGCUGGGAGCUAUUUUGUUUAGAACAUGGUAUACAGCCCGAUGGUCAAAUGCCUCCUGACCAGGCUGGUAGAGCAAAUGAUGAUGCUUUUAAUACCUUUUUUUCAGAAACCGGUGCUGGCAAACAUGUCCCACGUUGUGUUUUUGUUGACUUAGAACCAACUGUUGUGGAUGAAGUAAGAACGGGCACAUAUCGCCAGUUAUUUCACCCUGAGCAGUUAAUAUCUGGAAAGGAAGACGCAGCAAACAAUUUUGCAAGAGGUCAUUACACAAUUGGUAAAGAAGUCAUUGAUGUGUGUUUGGAUCGAAUUCGAAAAUUAGCUGAUAAUUGCACAGGAUUACAAGGAUUUUUGAUGUUUAGUGCUGUUGGAGGUGGUACUGGAAGUGGAUUUGGAUGUUUAAUGUUAGAAAGAUUGUCAGUUGAUUAUGGAAAAAAAUCAAAGUUAAAUUUUUGUUGCUGGCCAUCACCACAAGUUUCAACUGCUGUAGUUGAACCAUAUAAUUCAGUUUUAUCAACACAUUCAUUAUUAGAACACACAGAUGUAGCUAUUAUGCUAGAUAAUGAAGCUAUUUACGAUAUAUGCAAAAAAAAUUUAGAUAUAGAAAGACCUACUUAUACAAAUUUAAAUAGAUUGAUUGCACAAGUUAUAUCAUCUUUAACAGCUUCAUUACGUUUUGAUGGUGCAUUAAAUGUUGAUGUUACCGAAUUUCAAACUAAUUUAGUACCAUAUCCACGUAUUCAUUUUAUGUUAUCAUCAUAUGCCCCUGUAGUUAGUGCUGAAAAAGCAUAUCAUGAACAAUUGUCUGUAUCAGAAAUUACAAACUCAGCAUUUGAACCAGCAAAUAUGAUGGCAAAAUGUGAUCCUAGACAUGGAAAAUAUAUGGCUUGUUGUUUAAUGUAUAGAGGAGAUGUAGUACCAAAAGAUGUGAAUGCCGCUGUUGCCACUAUAAAAACGAAAAGAACUAUUCAAUUUGUUGAUUGGUGCCCAACUGGAUUUAAAUGUGGUAUUAAUUAUCAACCUCCAACAGUAGUACCCGGUGGAGACUUAGCAAAAGUUAUGAGAGCUGUUUGUAUGAUUUCUAACUCAACUGCUAUUGCUGAAGUUUUUUCAAGAAUGGAUCAAAAAUUUGAUUUAAUGUAUGCAAAGAGAGCAUUUGUUCACUGGUAUGUUGGUGAGGGUAUGGAAGAAGGAGAAUUUAGUGAAGCUAGAGAAGAUUUAGCUGCUUUAGAAAAGGAUUAUGAAGAAGUCGGAAUUGAAACAAAUGAUGGCGAAGGAGAAGAUGAAGGAUAUGAGGCAGACUAUUAA